AUGGGACGCCAAUUCUUCGUCGGUGGGAAUUUCAAGAUGAACGGCACGAUCAAGUCUGUUACAGACAUCGUACACCACCUCAACUCCGCUCCUCUCGACCCCAAAACAGAAGUCGUCAUCGCCCCACCCGGCCUCUUCCUACUCCUCGUUCGCGAACACCUCAAGAAUGAAAUCGAAGUGUGCAGCCAGAACGUCUUUGACAAACCCAAUGGCGCUUUUACGGGAGAGAUUAGCGCGGAGCAAUUGAGUGACAGCAAGAUUGGGUGGUCGUUGUGCGGACAUAGUGAGCGGAGGGUUAUUCUUGGGGAGAAGGAUGAUUUCGUUGCGAGUAAGACGAAGGCAGCACUUGAUGGAGGCUUGGGGGUCAUACUGUGCUGUGGAGAAACACUUGAGCAACGGGAAAGCGACAAGACCAUCGAAGUGGUGACCACGCAGCUCAACGCCGUGGCGGAAAAGACGAAAGAUUGGUCUAAGAUUGUCAUCGCAUAUGAGCCCGUCUGGGCCAUCGGCACCGGGAAAGUGGCCACCACAAAUCAAGCACAAGAAGUCCAUGCUGAAAUACGAAAAUGGUUGGCCGAGACCGUUUCGAAAGAAGCAGCGGAGGCCACGAGGAUAAUCUAUGGCGGCAGCGUGAGUGAGAAGAAUUGCAAGGAGUUGGCGAAGGAGGGAGAUAUCGAUGGCUUCCUCGUGGGAGGGGCAAGUCUGAAACCUGCUUUUGUUGAUAUCAUUAAUGCGAAACAAUGA